UCUUGGAUUAGCACGUAGUUCGACUGGAGGUAGUGGCUGAGAGAGUUAGAAUGCGAGAACUAUUUGAAUAAAUGGAGUCUUUUAAAAGGAAGUUAUAUCAGCGCUUGCUGUUUUUUGCGUUCUUUCUUCCAAUCUCAGGUGUUUUGUGUUUUAGUGAGUUAUUUUUUAUCAAAGAGCCCGACGAUGUUACUGUCAUGCGGAAAGAUCCCAUUAUAUUGGACUGUCAGGCGCACGGAGAGUCGCCUAUUGCCAUCAGGUGGCUUAAAAAUGGAGUAAAAGUUGUAGAGAACGAACGCGUCUACAUUCUCUCCAACGGGUCCCUUUCUAUUCCGGAGGUGGAGAGCAGGAGAGGAGACAAAUCAGAUGAAGGGUUUUACCAGUGCCUCGCUCAGAACAAGUAUGGAGCCAUCCUGAGCCAGAAAGUCUGUCUUACAAUUGCAAGUAUCUCCCCCUUUACAAAUCAGCCAACUUCCAUUGUGGUGACAGAAGGAUCAGUCGCCCGUUUCACCUGCAAAGUCACUGCAAGCCCUCCACCCAUCAUCACCUGGGAGUUCAAUCGGGUCACGUUACCGCUGGCAACUAAUAGAAUCACAGUCCUGCCCAGCGGCGUUUUGCAGAUCCAUGGGGUGGAAAAGGGGGAUGCUGGGAACUAUCGUUGUGUGGCGACCAACAUCGCCAAUCGUCGCCGGAGUACAGAGGCAACCCUCACUGUCACUCCAGCUCCAAGCCCCAAACUGCCUCAGAGGCCUCGUAUCAUCGCCGGGCCCCAGAAUGCCACUGUGUCCCUGCACCAAAGUGCCAUCCUGGAAUGCAUGGCUACAGGGAACCCCCGACCCCUCAUCUCCUGGAGCCGAGCCGACAGCAAGUCCAUCGACGUGUUCAACACCAAGGUGCUGGGCAAUGGCAACCUCAUCAUCUCUGACAUCAAACCCCAACACGGAGGAGUGUACAUGUGCAGAGCCACUACCCCUGGCACGCGCAACUAUACCAUCGCCACAGCCAACAUCACUGUGCUAGCGCCUCCGUCCUUGGUGGAGUGGCCGGAGAGCCUGACCCGUCCGCGUGCGGGCACGGCCCGCUUUGUGUGCCAGGCUGAGGGGGUUCCCCCGCCCCACAUCACUUGGCUGAAGAACGGAGAGAAGGUCCAUUCCAACGGACGCAUCAAGAUGUACAACAGUAAAUUGGUGAUCAACCAGAUCAUCCCUGAGGAUGAUGCCAUCUACCAGUGCCAGGUAGAGAAUGAGCAGGGCUCUGUGCUGUCCAUGGCCCGGCUCAUAGUGGUGAUGUCAGAGGACCGGCCCAGUGCGCCCAGGAACAUCCGGGCUGACACUGUAUCCAGCUCCGCCAUCUUGCUGGCCUGGGAGAGACCACUGUACAACUCAGACAAAGUGAUCGCCUACUCUGUGCACUACAUGAAGGCUGAAGGCUUGAACAAUGAGGAAUAUCAGGUUGUCAUUGGCAACGACACAACCCGGUACAUUAUUGAUGACCUGGAGUCAGCGCGGAACUACACCUUCUACAUCGUGGCCUACAUGCCCAUGGGAGCCAGCCGCAUGUCAGACCAUGUGUUCCAGCACACCCUGGAGGAUGUGCCCCUGCGUGCCCCAGAGCUCAGCCUCACCAGCCGCAGCCCCACAGACAUCCAGGUGUCCUGGCAGCCCCUUGCAGCCAAGCUAAGCCGAGGCCGGGUGUCGGCCUACCGCUUGUCCUAUCGUACCAGUGCUGACCAGGCCGUCACCCAGCUGGAGCUUCCUGGGGAGAAAACCCAGUAUCUUCUGGAGGGCCUGCAGCCCGACACCAUCUACCUCCUUCGGAUCACUGCAGCCACUAGUGUGGGCUGGGGGGAACAGUCAGCCUGGACCUCCCACCGCACCCCUAAGGCAUCCAGCGCCAAAGUGCCUCUGGCCCCUGAGCUACAGUUGGAGCCUCUGAACUGCACCACCAUCAUAGUGCGCUGGCAGCUGGCACCAGGAAACUCUGUCAGCAUCCAGGGCUACAGGCUGUUCUACCACGAGGAGAGCCAGGCUGAGAGUUCCCCCAUUCAGCUGCGUGUCCAGGACAACAGGCACACCAUUGGAGGCCUGGACCCAAGGAAGAAGUACCAUGUGAAGCUCCUGGCGUUCAGUUUCAUAGGAGAUGGCUACCAGGCAGACCAGACUAUCAGCACCCCUGGAUGUGUCUCGGUCCGUGAUCGUAUGGUGCCCCCUCCGCCACCCCCUCACCACGUGUAUGCCAAGGCCAACAGCUCGUCUGCAGUGUUCCUCCACUGGGGGCGUCCAGCCUUCACCUCCAGCCAGAUCGUCAACUACACCAUCCGCUGUAACCCUGUGGGCCUUCAGAACGCCUCCCUGGUACUCUACCUGCAGACUGCUGAGAAGAACAUUCUGGUCCCGGACUUAGAGCCCAACACCAGAUAUGAGUUUGCUGUCCGCCUGCACCUUGACCAACUGUCCAGCCCCUGGAGCCCUGUGGUCUACCAGAGCACUCUGCCUGAAGCACCUACUCUGCCACCGUCAGGUGUGAAAGUGACUCUGAUCGAGGGCGACACAGCGCUGGUGUCAUGGAAACUUCCAGAUGAGCCCAACUUGGCGGUGACACGUUAUACCAUCCUCUACGCUUCCAGGAAGGCCUGGGUAGCUGGAGAGUGGAAGGUGCUGCAGAGAGAAGGGAGCAUUACCAUGGCUCUACUGGAGAACCUACAGCCGGGGAACAUCUACCUGGUCAAGGUGUCUGCGUCCAACGAUAUGGGAGACGGGCCGUUUUCACACACCGUGGAACUGGCCGUGCAGAGCGAUGGCUCCACCUCCGGUCACAACCCAAGGCGCUCCCAUGGCUCAGCUACAGUGUUCUCUGGUGGCUUCUACCACCUGGACCAGAAGUCAAUGACAGGGAUCAUCGUGGGGGUUUGCAUUGCACUGAUCUGCAUCAUCAUCUGUGCCUUCAUCCUUGUCUGCAGAGGCAAAAACAGGAAAUCGUCAGCUACUAAAGCCAUCAGGCAGGAGGCUGGUCAGGUCCCCUCUGCUUCGGUCCACCUGGGCUCUGAGGACCAGGCUGAGAAUGCUGAUGUUAUGGUGCCAAUGAUGAGAGCAGACCACUUCAUUGAUGCCAAGGGUGGAACAAAUUUGAUCAUCAAUAGCCUUGGACCAGUUUAUCCAAUCACUGAGAAGAAAAAUAAAUGGUUUUCCUUCAGAAAUCAGAAAAAAAUGAAUGCUAAGAAAAGCCAGAUCCAGAGGAAAAGCCAUGGAAUCUGCUCGUACCAGCCAGGAGCAACAGUGCUGUGCUACGAGGAUGAGUCUCUGUCGUCACCCAACCAGCCCACCUCCCUGCAGGUCCUGUUUGGCCCACCUGGUGACACCGAGGGCUCCUCCAACAGCGACGGCAGCCACGAGACAGGCGACUCGGGCCAUUACUCUCACGACGACAUAGAGAUGACCAACCGCACUGCGUCUCUGAAAGAGGAGGAGAGUGGGGAGUCAGGCUGCAGUCCUGCCCAGGAGAGUGAGGGUGAGCUGGGGGAGCAGUCUCACCUCGACCUGGAGAUUGGAGAUUCCAUGGAGAAACCGUGCAACCAUCAUCACGAUCAGGCCCCAGACAAUUCCCAGCCUGCAUUUUCUCUCUAGCAGUCUGUGUGAUCUCCCAUCAAUCUCUCAACCCUAAAGUCACUCCACUGUUCUAAAAGACAAUGAGCAGUUAUCCAAAAAUCCAGGUCUUUGGAAGAACUGGGCUCUGUUUUGGGUUCUGGUGAUUUUUAUCAAAGAAUCUUCUUCUAGUGAAUGUGUACUCAUUUUAUUUUUAUUCUAAAUGUUUGUAUGUGUUUGAAAGAAAUCUCACCCACCAUGAAUGUUUCAAGAGAUUGUCAAAAAUGUGAAAUGUGACUGUUACAUUUCUGACAUUAUUUAAGAGUUUAUCACUGGAGCAAAGUGUAGAGUGAGCCCUUCUUUUGCUGAAUAUCUACCUCAGUUUACCUCUCGGUAAACUCCAACUAUAUAUUGAAUGAUAAUGACUUAUACCUGAGUUAUGGAAGGGGUCUCUUCCUUUAUGGAACAACUAAUGCGUCCUGAUGGCAAUUUGUUUUUACUAGGUCAGACUAGUCCUGUAUUCAUUUUCCUCCUUGUUUGUAAUGAAGUACGGGAUUGUAAGGGUACUGCAGAUCUCACUUAAAGCUUUGUCGUUUUAUUUUUAUCACAGGUUAAUUGGACUAUUUCUCAGGUUACUUGGCUAUGGUAGAUUACGGGCCAGUACAAUUUACUACAUAAAUUGCUGAAAUUCAGUAAUAAGCCAGUAUGACACUUUUCAGGUUAUCCAUAGUAAUAAUGGUUAAGAUUUUUUGUUGUCAAUGUGCAGUUUUCCUUGCAAUUCCUGUUUUAUACUACCUCUUUUUAAGCAUUAUUUUGUUGUGUUAUUAUUCUCCUGAACUCAGGGAACUAGGUUUAGUACAUUUAAAAGCCAUGUGUAAUGUUCCAUGGUUGACUGACAGGGUAUCUUCUUAGUGCUGAGCUGUUCGUUGUAGAGGGUAGUUGCCAUAGAUCUGUUAUGAAUGUAUCUCUAGAACAUUGUCAGUUACGGUUCAGAGCCUUGUGAUGCCCCACUCACAGGUGGAAAAACCUGUUUGAAUUCAGUUGGAAUAAUGUGUCUGUGGUAUGGCAGGCUAUCUUUUUGGUUAUUUUGGGAAAGAACAUACCAAAAAUGCUUGUGUCGACGCAUUUCAAUACAGCAGACCUUAAAAGCUUUAUAAAUGGCCUUAAUGGGGAAAGAGACCCUCAGAUGUCGGAGACAAAACAGAAAGGCUCCUAUACCAAAGUCCGAUCCAUCUGAGGUCCAACUCUUUUACACAUGGGGAUGGGAGAAGUGUGAAGAACGAUUGUUGAAAACCAAAAGCUUUAAAUCAGUGCGAUGGAAGUGAAUGAACACCAAGAAAACAUUUUAUCUCUAAAGAUAUCUAUAUUUUUGUCUACGUUUAUGUACUACGGAGUACAGAUUUGAGUUACCUUUUUGUUCUUUAAGUAGUUGAUACUUUACCAUAGAGUAGAAAAAUAAGUUUAGCACUUGUCAGAUUAGUUUGAUUUGUUGAUCACAGCCAAUGUGCAGCGGUGACUGAUGCUAUCAUACAAAGUAAUUGUUUGCUCCCUCUGAUUGUUUUUGAUCUCUCAGUGGGCCCCUGAGAAAAUUACAAUGAGUUUUUUCUCAUGUAUUAGACCAAAAAUCGAACGCCUUGCACAUGUGUGCCCCCGUUCUGUGACCAACUGAGUUGAGAUGCGGGUUCUCUCAGAAAGUGCCCCCAGGAUUUUGGGCCCUUGAUAAUGGUUAAAAUGACAAUAAUCAAUGUCAUGCACACUAACCAAAUCACCCUAAUAUUGGUUUUCUUUAGAGCUUUACUGUUGCAACUAGAUGUGUACAUUGUAGGGGGAAAUUAUAUGCAGAGCUAAAUACAGUAUAUUAUAUUGAUUCUCAUCCUACUUUGCAACAGUAUUUUCAAUCAACAGAUUUCUAACUAAUAGGAUGACGGUUUGCAUGAAGUGUGACA